ACUAGCGAGCGCGCGCAGAUUUCAACAAGCUGUGAAAAGGCGAUCACCCUGUAGUAAUAUCGCUAGCCGGUGAAUUGGUGGAUGACUUGACCGACCAGAUUUAGACUGAAUCUGUUUCUGCGUGUGAUAACAAAGAGGCCGAUAUCAUGACUCACAAUGAAGCUCGGGCAGGUUGGCUGAAGGAAGGUGCUAUAGCAUUGAGUGUUGGUGUUCUAUAUGGAACUACAAGUGUCAUGGUUGGACACCCUCUGGAUACCAUCAAGACGAAGAUGCAAGCUCAAAAAGGCUUUGAGAAUACCAAUAUGUUUCGGACUUGUUUGAAAACACUAAGAACACAAGGAAUAUUGGGACUUUACAGGGGAUGUGUUCCACCUAUGAUGGGUUCAGGAAUCUACAGGUCUGUUCAAUUUUCUGCGUUUGAGGCUGUGUAUACCUUCUGUGACAAAUACCCAACUUUAAAGAAGGAAAUACCCGGAACUUUCGGUCUCCAAGUGAGGGUUAUACUAGCAGGAGCUUGUGGUUCCACCGCCAGAGCAAUAAUCGAAUCUCCUCUCGAGCUUGCCAAGAUAAGACGACAAACAGGACAGACCUAUAAACUGAGUGGUGUAUACAAGGGGUUUUCAGUGACGUGGAUAAGAACUCUAGGUCUGAUGGGGAUGUACUUCAUCUUCAUUGACUCCUUCAGACGGAACCUCCCUCAUCUCUUCUCUUCUCCCAUUCUUGGACCGUUCUUACUUUCUGGAACUGCAGCUACGUUAUCUUGGUGGAUCAUUUGGCCGAUUGAAAACAUGAAGAGUCAAGUUCAAGGAAACUUCGGGAAAGAUCAGCCGUUGAAGACCCGACUAGCAAUGACUUUCAGAGAGAAGGGAGUGACAGGUCUCUACAGAGGUAUUGGACCCGGGACAAUUAGGAGUUUCCUUGCUAAUGGCGUUAGUAUGAUCAUGAUGAGUAACGCUCAGAAACUCGUCACUAAGUUAGGACUUAGGGAUUAAUAUCGAAUGAUUAAUAUUAAAUAAUUUAAGCAUGGUAUUUUCUAAUGAAUAAAUAAUUUUUUAUAGAGUUAUAGGACUACAGAACUGUUAUUGUAAUAUUGUUUAUUGAACUAGGAGUAUAAAAUUAUUAUUAUAUAUUGUAUGUGUAUAUAAUAUAUUGUAUAUCGUGUAAGAAGAAUUCUUUUAAUAUUGCUUGAAGAAUCGUUAUGUUUAAAUCAAUUUCACCGGAAAAUUUUAAAAUUUUGAGGGUUUUGAAUGAUUGUUUGUCGUUUGAUAAAAAUUUCCAGAUUUUCAGUUAUUCAAGAUUAAAGUUAUCAGUAAUUCAGUUAAGUAGUUAACUUGUUGUUCAAUUAUAAUUUUAAUAGUCAGUUUCAGUCAUAACUGUUAUGUGCACAACCUGUUUGUAUUUAUUUAGAUCUCUAGUUAAACUACAAGUGAACAUCUUAUAGUUUGGUCUCUAUUCAAUGCCAGAUAUUGUGAAUUAGUGGCAGUUGAUUAAAGCUCCCUUUAUUUCGUGUUUCAAUGUUUAAUUUAGUGUGUGUAUAUUUUAAGCUGCUCUAAGCUAUGUAUGUUUUUAAAGAUUCUAUGUUAAUCGUAUAUUUAAACUAUUACUUUCUUCUGACAGAAAAGUGCUUUCGUGCGU